AUGCCCACUCUAAAACAAGUAUCGGUCUUUUCACGCGGUGGGCUUGUUCUCGUGCACGAGUGUUUCACGAAAGAGGUCGUUCUUCUGACCGAACUUUCAGAAUGCGCGCAUACCUUGAAAAGCGAUUCAGAUCGAUCUAUUGAGUCAAGAAUUGCAGCCUACGAUUCUCAGAAGAGCAAAGUUAUUUGGCUAAGUGACGCUGUCACUGGUUUGACGUUUAUACUCUCCUUCGAAGAGGCUUUAGAGAAACACGAGGCAGACGAUUUACUCAGGACAAGCAAAGACGCAUUUGCUGAAUACUACGAACAUGAUCGAUUCGACUACAGUGAAUUCCUACCCGCUCUCCAAGCACGGAUUCAGCAAUUGGAAAGGUCUAAUGAGCACUGCGAGCUUGGUGCUGCUAGUGAACGGUCAGGCGUGGAUAACUCUGUUUCCGACAGUAAACUGCCUUCACGCGAUUUUGGACGUACAAAGAGGCAGCAUCACUACCAUGACCCAUCCGUGCCCAGAUCUCGCCAUUCAGAAAGGCUCGAUUCACUCGAUUUCUCAGAGCCGUCACAGGUUGCUCAGCCGCCGAUUUUUCCAGAGCCUUCAAGCACUCAAUCAAAACAUACUCAAGCUAUUAAGCACGAGGGGGGGAAACGUCUGGGCUUGAGCUGGUGCCGUGAUCUUGUUAGUUUCCGUGAAACACACAUUAGUGAGGAAUCUUUGUUACCUCUCACAGCGUCAAUCAAACACAAAUUGACUCAAAAAAAUGUGACGAGCGAUAUAGCUGAUUUACUGGUGACAGAAGUUGCACAGAAACUCGUAGGGAAAAAAGUUUCUACAUUCCAGUCACUAGCAAGCAUAGUCUACCGUUCACUUGAGGAGUCAAUCAUUCGUAUACUGAGUUCUGCGAAGAAAAUUGACCUAUUGACUGAGGUCGGAAGCGCUCGUAAGAGUAGAAGACCUUUCGUGAUUGCGUUUGUUGGCGUGAACGGUGUCGGUAAAAGUACGAGUCUAUCGAAGGUAGUACAUUGGCUUAGUCAGCAAAAUUUCUCAGUGAUGGUUGCUGCAUGUGACACGUUUCGUGCUGGUGCAGUAGAGCAACUACGGACACACUGUCAACGUCUUGACUGUGCGCUUUUUGAGAGAGGCUACGAAAGAGAUCCAUCAGUUAUCGCUCAACAAGCUAUUCAGCAAGCCACGCGACAAGGUAUUGAUGUCGUCAUGAUAGAUACUGCAGGGCGCAUGCAAGACAACGAACCAUUAAUGCGAGCACUUGCAAAACUCUUGAGUGUAAACCUGCCUGAUUUGACACUGUUUGUAGGCGAAGCACUGGUCGGAAAUGAUGGCGUGAGCCAAAUUUUGCAGUUUGAGCAUAGAUUACAAGCAUUGAUGCAAACGGAGAAGAAAUGUGUCAUAGAUGGCAUCUUCCUUUCAAAAUUCGACACCAUCGACAAUAAAGUUGGCACUGCUUUAUCGUUAGUGUAUGCGUCUUCGAUUCCCAUCAUGUUUGUUGGUACUGGGCAGAUGUAUAAGGAUGUUCGUACUUUUCAGGCUGAAAAUAUUGCAACCGUACUUCUUGCUGAUUCAUGA